CUCCCCUCCUUCCUUUGCUUGUAAAGCUGAAGGUCUGCCGGCUAGGAGCGCUCAGUGAUUGGCGAGGCUCCGGCCUCUUGUGUUGCGACGCUCCUGCUGUCGUCCGCUUACGUCUAUACAAUGGUGCUUGUGCUGGUGAGGUGCUGUGACUCUACGACAAUAAGAUAGUGGGCCGUCAUUACGGUGCAAUUCGGUAGCGAUGGUCCUGUUGAUGUACUCGCCGACCGUGUACAAUCAGAGUUGCCAAUGGUCCAGCCUCCACGGUCCGGGCAAGUCGGCCAUCAGCAAUUCCUCGACUUUAUUAUUGUCAUCGACCCCCAGUAGUACAGCACAGUCUCACGAUUGGGGAUUGGUCCUGGCUACCGGGUCAUCUCUCUCCGGCUACGACCUAUUCCGCUGCGCCGUCGUCCUCGUCGUCACGUGUGGAUUAAUCUCGGGCAACUUGAUCCUCGCUCUCGCCGUCAACUGUAAAUACUCGGCCGGAAUCCUUCAAUUCCAAACGCGCUGUUUACUCACAUCGAUCGCCACCAAUCACGUCGCCACCGGGUUAUUAGUCACCGUCUGGAAUAUUUACCCCAGUUUGAUCGGUUGCUGGCCCUACGGAGUCCUUCUCUGCCAAAUACAAGCCGUGUUGCUAGGCUCGCUGAGUCAGCACAGUUCCAUCCUGUGGAUAUUGGUGGCCCUGGAUCGCUACAUCUUCGCUACUCGCCGGCAUCGAUACCUGCAACUAGCCUCUUCCAAGCUUUGCGUUUGGGUGGCUGGCACGACUUGGGGCCUCUCCUUCGCCUACUACACUUGCAUGGUGUUGCCCUACAAGGCCUUCGACUAUAGCAACGACGGUCUGGCCGGAUGUGCGCCAGUGCCCCAAACUGGCGUUCUCAUGUUGGUCAGCACGUGCUUACUCUACUUUCCGACGACGAUGACCCUCCUUUACGUCUACGGCACCGUCUUCCAUUCGCACAACAGCAGCCAACGAUUAGUUCCGACAACAACGAGAACGCUGCCAGCAGCAGCAGCAGCCGGGCAGAGCCUCGUCAAAACGGCCACCCGUUAUGAGUGCAAUGACCAUUGCACAGAAGGAUACUGCAACGUCAAGGUGGAAGAGGCGGUGACUCGGUCCGUCGCCACCAUGUCUUUGGCGUUCAUUAUCAACUCUACGCCGUGGAUCAUUAAGCAAAUCAUCGUCGCCUGUCUCGGCAAUGAGGUGGCGCCGUGGUUGGACUUUGUAAUCACUUGGAGCUCGCUGAGCAUGGGUAUUUGGAAUCCAUUGCUCUGCUGGCUGCUCUGUCCGCCGAUUAGAGACGGCGUUCGGCACAUUCUCUCGUUGGCGUGCGCUUGCUGCUACACCAACAAUUACUCUCAACCCACAAGGCGAUCUUCGACGUGGGCCACGGAGAUAUCGACCGUCAACGGCCUGGCCGCACCGCCUUGCGAGAUUCAUCCCAACGUGGGGAGUACGUUCGUGAACGUAAUCAAGCCGCAUCCCAAUUCGCCGGCUACGGGACCCACGACUCCCAUACGUGGCAUCCAGCAUCUGCCUCAAAUUUUCCUCCCACCGCCGCCUUCGUCGGUCAUCAACGCGGCCGUUCAGGUGGUGGCAUCUCCGUGCUGCUCGCCCGGUCGAUCCGUCGGCACCGUCGAACACGACGAGCGGAUCUGGGGUGAAAUUCUCGAAAGGAGUCUCUCUUCCAACUCUUUGCAUCAUUUGCAUAGAUUGCACCGUAACCAUGACGACGAAGACGACGACGAUGGCAACCGGUCGAGUCGAGUGGUGGACUCGGCGCGAACACCGGCUGCUGCGUCGUCGUAUCAGCAGGAGAAACGUCGCAACGGGAAACCGCCUGGCAACUGGCACGUCUGACGGGGAACCAGACGACGUGCCCUUUGAAUUUUCAGGAGAAAAGACUUGGGCGGACAAAAGGAAAUGAUCGGAACCGAAUCCAGAAAAUCAAUCCGGCAUUGAUCCUUUUUUUCUUUUUCCUUUUAUUCUUCCCUCCCAAUCCUAUACCCUUGUAUUUGAGGCGCAAUAAGGCUCUUAUCCUCUUUAUAUUCGGUUGAUGGACUCGUCGACUCAUUGUAGCCCUUGAACAGUAGUUGACAUCAUUGUCAUCAUACAUCAUCAGUAACCUUACAUUGAAAAACUUUGCUUCUUUUGGCUUUUGGAGAUUGAUUUUACAAUUCCCAAUUCGCUCCCGUCGCUCCCCUCUUCGCGCUUUGAUUGCUGACGAAUCCGCUUGAUCUCUAACCAUUUUUUUAUUUUCAAUUGAAAAACCUUUAUGGUUGAUUAUAACGUUUUAAUUUUUUCGUAUUUUUUUUUUCUAAAAUACCGUGUCAUUUCUAUUACAUGGUAUAUAUAUUUGGCGUGAUGUAAAUACAUACCGGUCUACGACGGUGCAUUUGACCGUU